ACACCUUCACCCCCAAAAUCACCUUCACCCCCCCACCAUGCACCUCCUGGAGCUACCAGCCCGAAGCAGCCUCUCCUGAAAGGCGGCGCGCUGGGCUCUUCUCUGGGGGGAGUAACGGGGCUGGAGGGGGGGGUGACUCCCCCAAAGUGCUGCUCACUAAAGACGGCAGUAACGGCAGCUCGCUCAGCUCCGACGGGUCCUGGUUUGAUUCCUCAUGGGGGGGGGAGCUGACGGACAACCCCCCCUCCACCACCUUCUCCUCGGGGGACAGCGGCCUCGGAGACUCUCUGAUCCUGAUCCCUGUCCUGAAGACUCUGAAACUUCCAUGGCCCCCGACUGACCCCCCCUCCUUCCCCACCUCGAUGGAUGCCUCUUCUUCUUCCUCCUCCUCUUCGUCAGCGCUGGUGUUGCAGUGUAACUCUUCCCCCCCCGCUGCCGCCCCUGGGAACAGCCGCAAAGACUUCCUGAAGAGCGUCCGCCGCCUCAGCGACUGGACAGGAAGUCUGACCCGGAAGAAGAGGAGGGUCCAGGAGCCGUACGGCAGCAGUGAAGGUCUGACCGGGCCGGACUCUGGGCUGUGGAUCUGCAACCCUCUGCACGCUCUGAACCAGAACCAGGAGCAGAACCAGGUCCCAGUGUUCCCCUGGAGGAGUCUGAACCAGAACCAGGAGCAGAACCAGGUCCCAGUGUUCCCCUGGAGGAGUCUGAACCAGAACCAGAGCAGCGAGGAGGUCCAGCGGCAGAACGUCUACCAGAACUUCAUGCAUGAGCUGAAGACGGGCUAAACAGCGAGGGAGGAAGAGGAGGAGGAGGUUCUGCUGGAGGAGGAGGUUCUGUUGGAGGAAGAGGUUCUGUUAAAGGAGGAGGUUCUGUUGGAGGGGGAGGUUCUGUUAGAGGAGGAGGUUCUGUUGGAGGAGGAGGAGGUUCUGUUGGAGGAGGAGGAGGUUCUUUUUGUGCGCCGGGCCGGCUGGCUCUCCUUCAAACCUCUCCUCUCCGUGAACAGAGACAGGAAGCUGGAGCUGGUGUCGCGCCGCCGCUGGAGACGAUACUGGGUCACUCUGAAGGGCUGCACGCUGCUUUUUUAUGACACGUACGGUAAAAGCGUGAGUUCGGACGCAGAAACGUCCCCGUGUUUCUCCGUGCGGACGGAGGGCAGCCUGGUGCAGAACGUCCCGGAACAUCCGAAGAGAGAAAACGUUUUCUGCCUGAGCAACGGGCACGCCGACGUCUACCUGCUGCAGGCCACCAGCCAGCCGGACCUGGAGACCUGGGUGACGGCGCUGCACUCGGCGAGCGCGGCGUUGCAUUCGCGGCGGGGGGGCGGGGCUAUGCUGCGGAGGGGCGGAGUUACGCUGCGGGGGGGUGGGGCUACACUGCAGCUGCUGCGCCUGCAGAGCCAGGAGCUGCUGGAGAACAUUGAGACGGACGGCAGGAUGAAGAAAAUGGCCGAACUGCAGCUGUCCGUCAUCAGGGAGGCGAACAGCAGGAGGGCGGUGCAGAACCAGAUCCAGCAGUGGGAUCAGAACCUGGAGCAGCUGAACCUGGAUCUGUUCCGGUUUCGCUGUUAUCAGUCCAGCCUGCAGGGGGACGAACCCCCAAACCCCAAAAACCUCCUCGCCGUGGCAACGCGGCCCUCCAAGUGCAUGCUGGGACGCCUGGGGGUUUUCUCUGUCAACUCCUUCCACGCUCUGGUGUGCAGCAGGGGCCAGCUGCCGGACACUACGAAGGGAAGCACCAGCACCAGCACCCAGAGGGAGACAGCACGUCCUGCUGGACGUCCUGCAGCUCAAACGUUCUGCUUCCUGUUUUGUGACGACGAGCUGCAGAGAGAGCGUAGUCCUCGGAGGGUCCAUAAACCCCCUCGACCAAUGGGAGCUCUUUGCUGGGUUCUGCCGGAGGAGGAGGACGAGGAGGUGCUGCAGGAGGAAGAGGAGGGUGGAGGAGGAAGAGGAGGAAGAUGUGGGGGGGGUGUUCUGAGCUGCUGUCUGCCGUCAGAGAGACUCCUGAACGUAGAGCGGGUCCACGCUCUCUACCAAACCUUCCCAGAAUGCCGAGCGGCGGAGCCUGACGUCCCCAGGAACCCUUACCUGAGCCCCCCCCACCUGAGCCCCGCACACCUGAGCCCCCCCCACCUGAGCCCCCCCCAGCGGCUGAGGAAGGUCAUCCAGGAGCUGGUGGACACCGAGAAGUCCUACGUCAAGGACCUGGAGUGUCUGUUCGACCUUUACCUGACCCCGCUGCAGACGGAGAGCUUCCUCAGUAAAGAAGAGAUGGAGGCUCUGUUCGGGUGCCUUCCUGAGAUGCUGGACUUCCAGAGAGUCUUCCUGCAGACGCUGGAGGAGAAAAUCUCUUCCUGUCCCAACCUGGAGGCACCGGAGCAGCUGCAGAAACUGCUCUCGUCGCUCGGCGGGUCGUUCCUGCUCUACGCCGAUCGCUUUAAGCACUACAGCGGCUUCUGUGCCAAUCACCUGAAGGUGCAGAAGGUCCUGGAGAGAGCAAAGACAGACGCAGACUUUAAGCACUUCCUGGAGACGAGGAAUCCGACCAAUCAGCACUCAGCGUCUCUGGAGUCGUUCCUGAUUAAACCUGUGCAGCGAAUCCUGAAAUAUCCUCUGUUACUGAGAGAGCUGGUGACCCUGACCCCCCCACACACACCUGAACACACACACCUCACAGAGGCGCUGCGGGCGAUGGAGGAUGCGGCGUCGCACAUCAACGAGAUGCAGAAAAUCUACGAGGAGUUUGGCUGCGUGUUCGACCAGCUGGCUGCAGAAUACACUGACAAACAGGUGGUGGCGCUCUCGAUGGGCGGCUUCCUGCUGUGUUCCUCCCUGCUUUGGUUGAACCCGCUGCCCAGCCUUCGCCUGAAGAAAGAGCCGGAGCUCACGCUGUUCGUGUUUAAACGUGCGGUCGUCCUGGUGUAUCGGGAGAACAUCAAGCUGAAGAAGAGGAUGACCGCCUCUCGAUCAGCUGAUCUGGACCCCUUCAGGUUCCGCUGGUUAAUCCCAGUCUCACAGGCUCAGGUCCGACCGGCCAACUUCACAGGCUCGGGCAGCGAGUGUGUGUUGGAGCUGGUUCACUGCAGGUCGGAGGUCGAGGGUCGGCCGGAGACCGUGUUCCAGCUCUGCAGCAGUGAUGUGGAGAUGAAGGCCCGUGUGCUCUGCGCUCUGCGGCCCCUCCUGAGAGCCCGGGACCCCUGCGGCUCCCUGAGGAGACCCAGACUGUCUGCACAGAGGAGGAGGCACCGGGGGAGGGGGGGGGAGGAGCCCGCACUCCCCCCCAACAGCAACCAGACCCCCAAGACCCGACUCUCCUCUCUGACAGGGGGUCUGGAGGCUCAGCUACAGAAUCUGCACUUCACUGAGGGAGGGGCGGAGCCAAGAGGGGCGGAGAGGCGGAGCUACAACCUGAGGGGGGAGGGGGGGGAGUUGGGGGGGCUCCUGGAGAGAGACUACAGCGUUCACAGCAUGACUUCCAUGAUCAGCGAGGACUGUUUCUACGACGGGGGGCAAGGGGGGAGGAAACAGGCCCCAGGAACAGGAAAUACAUUCCAGACGCACAAAACACCUUAAGCACUUAAGGCUUUAUUUCACCUUAGUUGAGGGACCGAUCAUCAUGUAAUCUUUAAACUGGAAUCACCUGAUGUCACAAUCAGCUACAGUCGGCUACAGUCAGCUACAGUCAGUUACAGUCGACUAAAGUCAGUUACAGUCGACUAAAGUCAGUUACUGUCAGUUACAGUCAGCUAC